AUGAACUGUCUCCCACUGCAGCUGCAAACUUCACACGCAGAAACUUGGCUGACUAUCUUAGAAGCAGGACUCCUUACCAUGUUAACUUGCUGCUGGCUGGUUACGAUGAUCAUGACGGGCCCUUCCCUCUAUUACAUGGAUUACCUGGCAGCUCUGGCAAAAGCACCAUUUGCAGCCCAUGGCUAUGGGGCCCUCCUCACUCUCAGCAUCCUGGACCGCUACUACAAGCCAGAUCUCACACGAGAAGAGGCAGUAGAACUUCUUAAGAGAUGUGUAACAGAGCUUCAGAAGAGGUUUAUCUUGAGCCUUCCCUCAUUCACUGUGCGGGUCAUCGAUAAGGAUGGAAUUCACGAUCUGGAUAACAUUCCGACAGCAAGUGUAUAA